AUGGACGCAGGGGAAUAUGAGACAAACACACUGUUGAUUAGUAACCUUUCGGCCAUCUCCUUCCGCAUAUACGAGCCCAUCGCGGCCCAGUCGUCAACCUACACUUUCAACGCGAGCGAUGUUGAGGAUGCCUUGCGCAGCGAUGGCCACCUGGUUUACAUGGACGCCGUCCGGCGCGGCAUAUGGUGCUUCUACCUCUUCUCUGGCGACUCGACUCCCGCCAGCCACUCCGAACGGCUCGGUCUUCACGACAGAAUGGAGGUUUGUGGCUAUCCAUUGGGCGUCGUUGGGGAUGGCAACCUGGAACCCGUCGGACUCCUGAAGAACAGGCCGCUAGGAACGAGCACCAUCAACACACCGAGCAGCUCGUCGUCCAAUGGCUCUGCCUUGGACAUGACCGUGAGAGGGGCCCAAUCCUUCAGCUUCCCUCCUACUCCUGUGGUCGUGGAUGGCAAAGUUGCGUCAACUCCGGUCGGCAACGCUAAGGGAUACGGAUCUGUUCCGGCGCGGGAGAUCUACCAGUUCUUCAUCACUGCCGUCUUGUCAUCCCUCACGUCAUACUUUUGCCGCGCCGUUGGCGCCAUUCUGCUAAACAGCCGUUCUGCGUUGUUGCCUCCCCAGGUCUUCAACUCUGGCGAUGCCGACUGGGGUCAGGCGCCACGCAGCUCGGCACUCGCCACUUUCCGUACCUAUCUGACCACCACCGGGUCGCUGGUUAUCUCUCUCCACGUGUCUAUCCUUCAGGGGCUGGUUUCCUCUGCUGAUGUCCUACGAUCGAGUCUUCUGCACGCUGGGCCAACCGUACUUGCUGCACCGUUUGGAACAUUCGGUACCCUGCAGGGCGUGGUGGAUACCGAAAACCAGGUCGUCGACAGCGGGUUUGGCCAGUCACCGGACACCCAAGUCAGCCGGCUCAGGUCAGAUCACAGCGACAAAUUCCUGCAACUGAAGACGACCUGCUGCAAGCUGCUCCAGAUGAGCGGCAUGUCCCCAUCGUUGCUGGACGGUUGCCCUUGGUUGAAUAUCCACUUCUUCCAACGAAAACCAUACGAGCAAAGGCCAGAUGGGAAAAGAACACCGCUUGUUGGCUCCGGCACAACCGCACCAUGGCCCGCCGUGCUAUGUUUCCGCAAACGCAAGAUAGAGACCAUGAUGGAUGUGUCGCUCGAAAAGGCUCUGCCCGCGACAACCGGUACUACUGCCCACUUGGACCCCCUGGACCAGGCGAAACUAUGGUGCCAGGGUGUAUCGGAGAGGGAAGAUGUCGUCUCCAAGAGGAAGAAGGAGAAGGAUGUGGCUUCAGAGCUUGACCAUCCCGAACCGUCGGACAUGAAGGGCAAUCCACAGACAAACGGAUUCUCGCCCAUGGCUCUCUGGCGCGGUUCUGCGAACGGAGGGCCGCCCGGUGCGACAGGCACCAUGUACCCGACUCCUCCGGAUGGCGUGCAGCUCUCGGGGGUUACACCGUCGUUUGAUAACGGCCAGACUCAGAGCCCGGACGGCCAACCUACAACGAACGCUGCCGGAAAUAACCUCACGGCCACCCAGCGCGACCCCCCGGCCCCGGAUGGCUUCAACGCCGGCUGGGAAGGCGCCGAUACCAGGCUGGAGCAGCCAACAGCCAGCUUUGGCGAGGAUAAUCUGUUCGGAGACCUUGGCGAAGACAUGUUUGAAGGGAACGAACUAACAGAUGCUGACUUCAAUUUUUUCGACGAGAAUCCUGGUUCCGGCGAGAUGGACUUGACCGGACUCCCGGAGCUAGAGACAUCCACCAUGGGGAACCAAGAGAACGAUAAUCACCAAUUCCAAGAGCAAACCGAAGGCUCGGCCGGAACGGAUAGCAAGAUGGAUGCCCGCCCAAUCUCGCCUCAAUUCACCAAACCAGAGUUGAGGCGCGCCCGCAGCACACUGGCUGAGGAACAUCGGCAGCUUACUAAUAUACAAAGCUCUAAUCGUAAUUCUGCGAUCGGGAUAAAGAGAAAUCCUAGUCCCUUCAAUCGCGAAACCGUCUUCAAACGGAUCUGCGCCUCGAUUCGCCCUCCGUCGUUGACGAUUUCGAAGCGACGAGAGCCCUUUCGGCGUCCCAGCCUUUUUGAAAAGGUGGAUUUUGAUCCAGCGUUGUCACCUGCUAUCAGAAAAUACGGGGAAAGGGGGCUCUUUGACUUCACAUCCGCGGCGCUGAAGGGAAGGGAGAACAGGCUUCUUCCACCCGGGGGUCCUCUUACUCCCGGCAGAGGCUCCGGCUCAAUAAAGCAGCGCAAGAAUCUGAAGGAGCUUCCUUCAGAUAUCAGCUCCAUUUUGGCAAAGUUGGCAAGUGCCAACUCUAACAGUUCGAAGCAACAAGAUGACUCGCGCUCGGAGUCAGACGACGACAGCUCGCCAUCAUUGGAUGAGGAUGCGAUGGAACAGUUGGGGCGUGCCUCCUCUCCAGCCAAGUCGAGCGUGUUGCGGAGGCGCCCGGAAGACGACGUCAUUUCGAUGGCUGCCUCGUUCAGGGAACUGGAAAACAUAUCGGCAGACUCCCCGGGCUGCGGUCCUGUCGACCUUUCGCGGUUGUCCAGCUCGGAAAUUCCCGAUUUUUCCCUUUCGAAAUACUUUGCUGAUCCGGAGCCGGUGCCGCUCCGGAUGUCUAGCUCCGACGAGGACUUCAUCACCGUGGCUCAGAUUCUGACCGAACAAGCAGCAAGCGGGUUUCUCAAACUGGCUACACCGCGCCCAAGCUCAGAGGUCCAAGAUCUGCGCCGAAGCUUGGUCAAGGCAACCCGCUGCUCCAUAAAUGGUUUGCAAAAAGCUCUACCACGGUCCUUGGCGGCGGCGGUCGGAUGCCGGCUCCGUCCGCUGGCAGAGGUUCAGGACGUGCCCCUGCUCGUACAGCCUAACGGGAGGGUGCAGGUGCGGCCGGCUGAGUUCCCCAAGCCGAGCAUAUUUCUGAUUCCUACCCCUCACGUCGAGCUUCGGCGUUACGAGACUCAACUCUCGGUCCUGCCAUCGGCCGUUUCCUUUUGGGACACGCUAGGUCUUGGGCCAGUGCAAGGGCCCAAGAGCGUGGUGGCCGUGUGCAUCGUUCCUCAGGCCCAAGGCAUGCAGGACAAUGCUUCCGCGUUCCUCGACAGGGUCCAGAGCACGUACGAGUCCCUGCAUUUGGGGCCCUUUGAGAGGUUGCCCACCAUCGGCAACAUUGUGGACGGUCUGGUGCUGCUCUCGUCGGAUCAUGAUGCUGUCUCUCCGGGACUCAACCAGCCUCGAGCACGAUCGGCGUACACCGACCAAAUGACGAAUCUCGCCAUGUCUCUUUCUGGCUUAUCCAUGUCAGAAAGGAACCUGGUUGUUUACUUUGCAUACGCGCCAGACAACCCCGGCUCGAUUGUGGACUCGUGCUCUGCCUUCCAGGAGCUCUUCGAGCAGUAUAAGCGGUGCAUGGCGGACAGAAAGAAGCAGGUGACCAAUGAGCUGGUGCUUCAGCUCGUACCGCUCGAUGCCGUGGCAACAGAGACGUCACUGGUCGUGCUGUCGCCGUCGGACUGCGCUAGGCUCUGCGUCGAGACCUAUGAUCGAUGUGCGCUCUUCGGCGGCCCCAUGCCUUCGCCGGCUAUCAUGCUUGAGCGAGCCCUGCCUCGUGGGAUCGACUUCAAGCUCGCCGCCACGCCAUCGCCGAACCUCCUCCGGGAGAACUCGUGCAUCCACGUCGCCUACGCGAGGAGCGUCGACGAGCGCUGGGUCACCGCCGCCUGGACAGACAACAGGGGCAGCACUCAGUCAAUGGCUUCGUACUGCCUCGGCAGGAGAGGCAGACCGUUGUCGAGGGCUCUCGGGGAUGCCCUGCAUGAGAUCUGGGAAACGACGCACGAUCUGAUCUCAACUUGCAAGGUUCAUUGGCGCGUGGUCGUCACCAAAUGCGGCCCGAUGGACCAACACGAAAUGGAGCUCUGGACGGCCAUGGCCCAGACCGAGAGCCGCGCCAAUGUUAGCUUAGUCCUCCUCACGGUCGAAACCGACCCAUCCCUCCAACUUAUCCCUCCCGCCGCUACGAUUCCACUAUCCGCUCCCUCCGUCUUCUACACGACGCCAGUCUCCACCCCGCAGCCACCAUCCGUCCUCUCCCCGGACCAAUCCGGAAACCCGUCCACGCCAGUUGGCAACACAGGCACCCCAGCCGGUGCCACGACCCCCGGCGGCGACUCCUCCCAGCAACAACAACAACAACAGCAACAACCGGCAUCCCAGACAAGCCAGUCCGAUGCGGACGGCGACACCACGCUCGUCGACGUGACGGAGACCACCUGGGGCGUGGUUGUCUCGCACAGACUCAACAACUCGGCGUCCCUCACGGACCUCAACCCGGCCCUCGCGAGCGGGUACCUGGUGAAGCGGUCCGGCCCGAGACAGGACGAUGCUCCGGUUGCGAUGGAGGUGAACGUGGUCUACAGCGACAACGCGAGGGCCAUGUAUGAUGUCUUGCUAAGGGAGAUGUUGACGUAUUUCAGGGGCCUAGGCACGUUGGCUCGGGCGAGGGGCGUGACGGAGCGCGAUGUAGAUGUGAGGCCCUGGCAUGUGGCUGUUGUGGAGAAGGCUGUAAGGGCGUUGUAUCUAUUGAUGUGAUGGACUGUGGAAAGACGGGGAGGAGAAGUGUGGUGUACGGUUCCUUUUUUUUUCCCCUCCUUGAU